GCCUCAUUGGUCUGGUUGAUGACAACAAGCUGUUUGAAAAAACGUGUAGCCAACAAGGAAAUAGUGAACCUUGCACUUUAUAACAAAUCAAUCUGGCGUAGACGAGACGCAGUGGUUAUCGCCGUGAACAGGAAACAUUACUAACACGGACGCUCAAGUCCCAACAUGCCCAAGUACAGCAGGAAGCAGGUGUCCCUUGAAGAUUGGCCCUUCUAAUCCAUGAGAAGAAAAAAAUCAAUGUGUUUUGGAUUUCAAUUUAACACCUUCACACAAAAAAACAAGGUCCUCUGAGAGAAGAGGUGUGAGAUGGAGAGAGAGAAGAAGAAGAAGAGGGAAUGGAGGAGAAGAAGUGGACAAGAGAAAGCGGAGGGUGAGAAUCAAGCCGGUGGGGGAACCAUGGAAACGGGACAUGAUCCUCUUGGUCAGAUGAGAAAUAAGACUGUCCAUAGAAUAACACACUUUCCCGUAGAUAAGAUGACCCACCAUCUUGGAGAGGAACUGUCACGUAGGGAAGGACAGACCGAGGGAGAAACUACCCGUGUGUCUGCAGUUAGAAACAAAGAAGAAAGUGGAAUUCAAAUGGGGACGGAGAAGAUGGAGGAAAUGAAUACAGGACUGAUAACAGUUACAGACCGAGAUGACGACGACCCUCCCUCCAUCCCUCCUGCUCCCUCCAUCUCUCCUGCUCCCUCCAUCCCUCCUGCUCCCUCCAUCUCUCCUCUCUCCAUCUCCACCCUCUCAUCCCCCUCUCCCUCCUUCCUGGCUCCUCUCUCCUCGUUCUCUCCAGUUCCGUCCCUCACCCCUCCCCUUCCCCCGUCAGUAGAGCUGUGUGCGGUGCUCACCGACACUAGACUGACUCUGGAUGUAUACCAGGGCGGGACUGCUGUGCUACAGGUACUAUGGGUGUCUGUCCCUGGGCAGCUGAGGGGCCUGCAGUACCUCCGACUGGGCUCGGAGGACAGGGGGGCGCUAGAGGGAGCCCUGGAGGUCCUACCGCACCUCACACAGCUACGCUCACUGGCUAUUAGAGGACACUGUUUCCACGACGCCCAUGGUGACCCCCUCCCCGGCCUUCUCACCUCUCUUCCUCCCUCUCUCUCAUCCCUUUCUCUCCUCGUCCACCUGGACCUCUCCUUCAACCUCCUCUCCUCCUUCCCUCCCUGCCUCCUCACCCUCCCCCUCCUCUCCACCCUCCUCCUGGGUCACAACCACCUCACUGAUCUCCCUCCCUCCUUCGGUCCUCUCCCUGCCCUCCGCUACCUCUCUCUCCUGGGGAACUGUCUGGCCUCUCUCCCCCCCAGCCUGGGUCAGUUGAAGACACUCCACACCCUGGAUGUCUCCUAUAACCUCCUGGAGACAUUACCUGAGGAGAUCGGUGCGCUGGAGGAGCUGGUAAAACUGGAGCUGUCACACAACAGGCUAAAGAGGCUGCCUGAGACCAUGGGCUGUCUCCUGUCUCUCAGGGACCUGGUGAUCCACAGUAAUGACCUGCGUGUUCUCCCCGUCUGUCUCUGUCUGGACAAACUGGAUAAGUUAAAGAUAGACGUAAGGAACAACCCCCUGGGAAGACCCCCUACCCCUCCACCACUACCACCCACACCUGGCCAGGUGGAGACACGCAUUCCAGAGUUACACCUUGGACCGAAUCGACACAGGUUCUGUGUGUCGCCUGCUGGUUGUCAUGUGUUCCUCCCAGGGGGAGCGGAGCUACUGUUUCCCUCGGGUUGCCUAGCGACGACCACCACGCUGCAGUGGGCGGAGCGUAGGCCAGACAGGAAAUGGGUGUGGCUAGAGGAGCAUGACUUCCUGCUGAGUCGACCACUGGAACUCCUCCCACACGGGAUCUCCUUUUUAAAGCCAGUGGAGGUGUGUGUACCGUACCACCGGUCCAGGAAAGGGGAGGUGGUUGUGAGGAGGUUUGAUGGACAGCAGUGGAGUACACUAUCCACUGAAACCAGAAGGGGCAGUAUAGGACACAGCAGUCACCCCGGAGGCCGACCUGCCAGGCUGGCCUGCGUCUCAGUGAGACAGUUCUCCUGGUUUGUGGCAGUGGGUCGUCCAGUCAGGGACAGUUGCUCUGUGACACCAGAGGGGGCGCUGCUGGUGUCACGUUCAGACGCAGGCAUCAAACUGACCUUCCCCCCAGACUGCACUGUUCAGACCCGCACCAUCAUUCUACAGGUACUACAGGUGUCUGUCACUGAGGUCCAGACGUUGUGUGGAGACCCUCAGGCCAGAGUCAGUCCCCUCCUCUGUCUCUCUCAAGACCCCAGCAUCCAAUUCCUCCAGCCAAUCAAGGUGCAGGUCCCGCUGCCAACUGGACUCACUGGUCACACAGUAGACCUGUCCUGUCUCCACCUGCUUCAUGGAGACCCCAGCGCCCACACCUGGACAGACAUAACCUCACAGGUGUCCCUGUACGUCACACAGCUCUACGCCAUCUUCUACAUCACUCACUUCUCCUGGUACUGGCUGUGGUACACUACCCAGCGCUGUGUUAGCGGGGUGGUCCGUAGGGUCUACCAGAGACUGAAGCAGUUUCAGGUCCAGUUCCUGGUGCUACAGAGGAGAACAGACCCCAAACAGGUUCUGCUACAGUGCCUGCCUGCUGACAAGGUGGACAACAGAGUACAGUCUCUGUCAGAGCAGUACGAUGGCCCACAACCCUCAGACCUCUGUGACCUGUUGGAGGGAGAGCAGUUCUUCGCUGGCUUCGAGAGGGGCCUAGACGUCAGCGCAGAUAGACCAGACUGUGCGGAAGGGAGACUGUCGUUUGUGUUCUACUCUCGGUUGAAGAAUCUCAAAGAGGUGUACGUUUGUCCAACACAGAAGCAGGAGGGGUCAAUCAGGGGUCAGGUGUCUUUCUAUCGAGGGGAGGUUCCCAGUGACAUACCACAGGAAGUGGCCAGGAAAAGGAAAGGACACGACAGCCAAUGGCUGGCCACCUUACCACUCAGACUUCCUGGCCUAAACUCAGAGGGUGGUAGUAAUGGUAUGGACUGGGAGCAGCCUCGGUACCCUCCGCUGAACCUGGGCGACCCAGAGAGUGGGUACCUGACUGAGGCUAACCUGCUGGCCAUCUCCCUUCAGAUCGGACAGGACUGGAGGUCCAUUGGCAUCAACCUGGGAAUCAGCUACCAGGAGCUGGACCGCAUGCAGUACAAAUACAGAGACAACCUAGGGGCCGUGGUGUUGGAGAUGCUGUUCCACUGGGCCCGGGGUCAGCAGCAGGAAGGUGUUGGGUUGUGUCCCGCUGGAGGUCCAGGCCAGCAGGGUAUUGGUGCAGUGCCCAGGUUGAUAGAUGCCAUGGUGGAGAGUGGCAGGAGGGACCUGGCUGAGGAGAUUAAAGACAUAGUGAGGCUAGGAACCCGGAAGUAUAAUGAGUCACUGAGGAGGGUGGGCCUAGAAGAGGAAGAGAAGAGGCCUUCAACAGACACAGAUCCCUCACCUUCACACUGAACCAACUCACAGAGGGAGUAUAGAGAGUCAAUGAGGAGAGUGAGGUUACAGGAAGAGACCACCUCAUCUUCACACUAAGAUUACAGGAAGAGACCACCUCAUCUUCACACUGAGGAGAGUGAGAUUACAGGAAGAGACCACCUCAUCUUCACACUGAGGAGAGUGAGAUUACAGGAAGAGACAACCUCAUCUUCACACUGAGGAGAGUGAGAUUACAGGAAGAGACCACCUCAUCUUCACACUGAGGAGAGUGAGAUUACAGGAAGAGACAACCUCAUCUUCACACUGAGGAGAGUGAGAUUACAGGAAGAGACCACCUCAUCUUCACACGGAGGAGAGUGAGAUUAGAGGAAGAGGAGAUGACUGAACUCAUCCCUUCAUUCUGAAGCAGUAGACUGAACUCAUCCCUUCAUUCUGAAGCAGUAGACUGAACUCAUCCCUUCUUUCUGAAGCAGUAGACUGAACUCAUCCCUUCUUUCUGAAGCAGUAGACUGAACUCAUCCCUUCUUUCUGAAGCAGUAGACUGAACUCAUCCCUUCUUUCUGAAGCAGUAGACUGAACUCAUCCCUUCUUUCUGAAGCAGUAGACUGAACUCAUCCCUUCUUUCUGAAGCAGUAGACUGAACUCAUCCCUUCAUUCUGAAGCAGUAGACUGAACUCAUCCCUUCAUUCUGAAGCAGUAGACUGAACUCAUCCCUUCUUUCUGAAGCAGUAGACUGAACUCAUCCCUUCUUUCUGAAGCAGUAGACUGAACUCAUCCCUUCAUGCUGAAGCAGUAGACUGAACUCAUCCCUUCAUGCUGAAGCAGUAGACUGAACUCAUCCCUUCUUUCUGAAGCAGUAGACUGAACUCAGUAAAACACUGGGGUUUGAAGUAACUGUUUCUAUGAAAUGUGACCUAUAAUUAAUUACGAUAUGAGUGAAAUAGUCUUCCUUCUAAAUUGUUUUAUUUAAAUGUGUUGAAAAGCAACUUUUCUGUGUUGUAAUGACAUGGGCGUAUAUGGUCAUUGAAAAUAGAACGCUGAUUGGAAAUAGCACGCUUUUAUUUUAACUUUCUGUUUUUAGAUACAAGUGUGAGGUAAGGUUUUUAAAGUGUUUUGUCUCCAAUUUAUGCUCUGGCCACAAAUACAACUAUAGGAUAAG